UAUACAUGGCCGCCGUGUACGUGCGUUGAAGCUUCGUGCGAUUCAACAUUUAUAGGACUUUUUCGGUGAAAUUCCACUUAGAAAUGACCCCUGAAUAUUCUACGCAGAUAACAUUUUUUUCUUAGAACUAUUUUGACGCAGUUGCAUUUUAAAGCACAAUGUAUGAAGAUAAUAGUGAGGCCCCAGUCAUGUAUCACAGCUUUCAUGGAGAGCCACCAGCUCCUCCGUAUGAACGCCCUCCACAUGUUCGAACAUACUCGGAGCCAGUUACACUGUGCCAGCAGUUCACCACUGAAGACAUAGGAUUUCUCAGGGAUCAGUUAUUGAGAGAGCAAGAGCUGAGACAGGAGAAAGAGGAAGAACUGGACAUGUUGCAGCAGUCACUAAGGGACAGGUACAGGUCCAGAACAGGUAGAGAUAGCCAGGAUACAGACAGUGGAAUAAGCAAUGGAUUAAAACAUAGAUCUUCAGUAUUAACCAGCUCAAUGCUAAAUGAGGACACAGGGUCAAGGUCAUAUACCAACUCAAGAUCACUGCCAAGGUCAUCUGUUCCAAGGUCAUCUACAGGUCGUCACACUUCCUUCCAUGAUGCUCCCUUCUCCUCCACUCCACAUCAACGCCCCCACAUGUCUUCUUCGGCCCACGAGAUCUACUCCCCGUUGCCACUGCACAGGGCUGAGCUGAGGUCACCAUGGCGAGGGGUGCCAAGACCCGUGGCAGAUAAAUCAGUGCAGGAACUGAGGGAGGCGCUCCAGGACAGUGAACACAGGAGAUCAGUUCUCAUGGAGAAACUGAAGGAAGCACAGGAGACACUGAGGAUUCAGACUGAAAGGUUGUCUAAAGCUGAGAGUGCCAUGAAAGAAAACAGUUUUGAAGUUGAUGAUCUGAAAUAUAAAGAGAAAGAUUAUAAAUAUAAAAUUGGUGAACUAGAAAAAGAAAAAGAAAAGCACAAGCACUUGAGAAUGGAGACCUUCCAGCAGAGAGAGCAGAUGAAAGAGAGACUUGAGUCAUUGGAAGUGGAACUGCAGUCUGUGAAAACGGAACACCAGUUGCUGCUGUCAGACCACCAUCAGAGGAAGGAGGUGCUGGAUAAAACUUCAGGUGCUCUGGUCAUGUUGGAGGAGGAGAACUCACAACUGGCUAAGGCCAAGGAUACGAUGAUAAAAGAGAUGUCUGCUCUGAAGGAAUCUGCUGAUAUUGCAAGGAGCAGAAAUGAAACAUUGGAAAAUGAAGUCCAGGACCAGCGACAGGAAUUAGGGGCUUUGAAGGAGGAAAAUUAUACCCUGAGAGCACAAGUGAAGAGUGUCUCUGAGCAGAUCUCAGACGUGAAGAUGUCUAAUGAGCAGCUGAAGGAAGAGAACAGCAAGCUGGUGGAGAGUUUACAGAGUUUGAGUGAGGAGAACCAGGGUCUUGUCCACCAACUGGACACCACUCAGGACAUGCUAGCUGACCUCAAGUCCAAGCUGGCCAGUACUGCAGUAGACAAGGAGAGGUAUUUCCAGGAGAAACUGGACCUUCACCAGAAACUCCAGCAACUGGCACAUGACAAGGAGCACCUGUUCAAGACCAAACUUGCAGCAGAAGAGCAGUUGAAUGAGCUUCAUGCAGAGAUUGCCCAGGUGAAACUACAGGUAGACAGAAAGAUGGAGGACAACAGAAGGCUAGAGGAGGAAAUGGAGGCAGUAAGAAAGGUGAGUAAGGAUCUCUCAAGCCAGCUGUCUGCAACCAAAGCUGCAUCAGAACAGGCUCAGGAACAAGUGGUUGCUAUGGAAACAGCCAAGCAGUAUGCUGUACAGCAGCAGCAGCUCCUACAGCAUGAAAACACGGCACUGGAGAAGGAGGUGGAGGCUCUUAGACAGCAAAUAGAAGAUAUGAAGAAGGAAACACUGAAGGAUAAAGAAGAGGUGGACAAAUUUAACCAGAAAUUGAGGGAUGAUCUAAGAAAGGCCAAGUCUGAAAAAAAUCAGAUUGAAAUUAAAUGCAGUGAGCUUGAAGCUAAACUUCAGAGGUUGAACUCUGAGUUGAAGGAGAGUUUGACAUCCCAGCAGCAGGAGUUAGAGUCCUGGAGGACGACCUGUGAGAGACUGACAGCUUCCACCAGCAGGAAGGAUGCGGAGCUCCAGAUGUAUGUGGAUAAAUUGCAGGCCAUGGAGGAACAGAGUUCCAUGUUGAAAGUAGACCAGCACCAGCGUCAUGCUCAGUAUCAGGAUCUGGUGGAAGCCAGGGAGGAGAUACAGAGACUCCAAGAAGAAAACAGAAGACUUCUUCAGGAGAGAGCUGAAAACCAGCAAGUUAUCCAACUCUUGGAGAUGCAGAAAAAUAUUCUAUCUAAAACAAGUGAGCCGUCCCUGGCUAAGGUGUAUGAUGGAGAACAACUGAAGACUAAAAUUGAUCAUCUGGAGGCAGAAAACAAAACCAUGAGAAAUAAAGUUCAAGAUUUAGAAAAAGUUAGAGAUGAGUUGAUGGAGCAGAUAAAAGAUAAUACAGAGCAGUCUCAGUUAAGAAACAGGAAAGAUGAACUGGAGAAACAGAACCAGCAGCUCAGAGAUGUCAACAACCUGGUGACAGAGCAGCUUACUAAACUGGAGAAAGAAAAUACCUUCUUGAAGAAAAUGAUGGCAGAGAAAGAAAACAUGAUCCAGUUGGAGAAAGAAAGACUUCAGAGAGAGACCAGUACCUUGACCUCUGACCUCAGUCGUCUUCAGCAGCAAUAUGAGGAGUUAGAGAGCCGCCAUCAUCAGGUGCUAUCCAGGUCUGGAACACCCUCCUCACCUAGGAAAGAGACUCCUGCAGAGCUGUCAGUGUGGCAGGAAGAGAAGAGUGUCCUGGAGGGUCAGGUGGCCAUGUUACAGAGUCAGCUGAUACUGCUGGAGAACUGUAAACAGAGAGCAGAGGACCAGGCUGCCAGACUGGAGAAACAGGCAGAGGAGGCCAGGCUGUCUCAGGAUGAGGCGGCAGAUGCCCAGACAAGACUGGAGGUGGUGAAGCAGCAGCUGGAGAAACUCAGAACUGAACUCCAACAAUCAAAGAAUGUGCAGACCAAACAAGAGGCUCUCAUCAAGUCACUGAAAGAGGAACUGGAAGAUGAAAGGCACAAGGCAUCUGUCCCAUCACGUAAACUUCAUCGUUCACUAGACGAUGUCGGUGCUGAGUUGAUCCACAUGAGGUCAGAACUACAGAAACUGUUAGAGGUGAUUCAGAUGAAGGACCAGGAGAUUGAACACUUGGAGAAACAACUGAAGACAGCCAGGAACCAGAAUGCAGCUCUCAGGAAAGAGAAGUCUCUGUCAGGAGAGAGUGAUGCCAGCCCUGCUAAGAUAGAAGACAUUGGUAAACAACUGAAGGACGCUAAACAGAACACUGCUAACAGAGAGAAGAUAAUUGAAGGACUGAAGAAAGAGAUUGCCUCUAUGAAGACUGUUUCUCCCACUGGGGCCUCUGCCAAAGCUAUGGAGGAUAAAGUUUUAUGUUUACAGAAAGAAAAAGGAGACUUGUUACAGCAGCUCACUGAUUCCAAUUGCAAAGUUCAAGACUUACAUAAACAGCUCUGUGUAGUUAGAGAAGAAAAGAAGUCAGUUUUAGAACAGGCCAACAACUUAGAAACACAGCUUAAUAGGAUCAAAAAAGAGAAAGACUCAGCCACUGGAGAUGUGGCUAAACUCAAAGAACAGCUCAGUGAAUUAAGCCAUCAAAAUAGUGUAGUUUUAGAAGAACAAGUGUCUCAGCUUCGCUCCAGUCUAGAUGAAAAGUGUCAGUUGAAUGAUCUCCAGAUAGACCAGAUAGAAAUAUAUAAGACACAUAUUGAAGAUUUGGAAUCUGAUCUUUAUAAUGCCAAGAUUGAGAAUGAAAAAUUAAUCAGAGAAUUAGAGCAGUAUGUGUGUGCAGAAGUGCAUGAUGGACCCAGAAAGACACACCCUGAAAACACAGGGUCAGGAGAGAGACACCCUGAAAACACGGGGUCGGGGCAGAUACACCCUGAAAACACGGGGUCGGGACAGAUACACCCUGAAAACACGGGGUCAGUACAGACACACCCUGAAAACACGGGGUCAGGGCAGACACACCUUGAAAACACGGGGUCAGGACAGACACACCCUGAAAACAUGGGGUCAGGACAGACAAGCCCUGAAGACCAAGACACUUUCGAAAACCAAGGUAUUGCGUCUUCUUCAAAUCUGGAAGCAGUUGAUGUCUCCCAGGCAGAAGCACACAGUAUCAACCCAGACUCUCUGGGAGACGGAGCUUUACAUGAAUUGCAAACUGACAGAUUGAAUGUAACCUCACUACCUUCCACUAUGCAAAACUUCACUUCUGAAAACUCAUCCAAAGAGGAACCAACCACUGUCUCUGAAAGUCCGCCGAAGAAGAAUAACCUCCUUACCUCCCUAUAUGGAGGAAGUCUGGAAACUGUAAACCAGGCAAAAAAGUCGACUCAAGAUAGUGAAGAAAUCUUGAGGGUUUCAGGAAGGCAGACAAGGUUUGGAAGACCUCUAACACCAGAGGGCAGCAAGAUUCCAAAGCCUGUGUCACCAAGAAGAGACCCACUCUCUUCCCACAAAGCUGCAAAUGGCAGCUUUCCCAGAUCUGGUUCUUUGCCAAGCCUUGGCCCCCAGGCCUCAUCAAAACUGCCAAUCAAGUCCGUGAGUCUCUCAAAAACCAAGAAGAAGAAGGCAGCAACAGCAGCAGGGAAAGGCAGCCCGUCUGGGUCCUCUCCUGCCCCAAAGUCUUAACCCAUGGGAUAUAAAAGAAAAAAUUGGCUGAAGCCUCCGGGAUAACCUCUGGCCUCUGUUUAUAAUACAUUAUUAUUACUGCAACAUCUGUCAUUUUUGCGAUUAGAAUUCCAUUUGGACAUUGAUAUGUACGUUUUGUUGUUCAUUGUGCUACAGAUAAAAUUAAAAUUAUAAGACAUCAUCAGCUCAUUAGCUGUAGACCAAACCAUGUUACUCAUAAAUAAUUCACAUGGAGCAUUUAUAUUUUUGCUGAGUGUGAAUGCUGUCAUUAUGUUCCAUUAUGUUCCAGUCUGUAGCAGGCAUCUGAUGUGAAAGUGUAGUCACCAUGAAGUGUAACUGAUGGGUUACAUGGACAUUUAUAGGGUAUUCAUAUUACCAAUAGAUAUUUAAUGGUGCCAAAUACCAUGUUCUUGGUUAUGGGACAUUACAAAAAUUCCUGAAAUGUUUUGUGCCUUUGAUUGAGUCUUACCAGCUGUAGAUUUCUAAUUUUAAUACCCUGUGUGUGUGCAAAAAUAUUGGGUCCCAAAUCUUAGGGUUAGUGUUUUAAAACAUUUGAGUUUAUAUUAUCAUAGCAAUAUCUUAUUUUAUAUUUUAGUGUUAUUUACACGUGUACUUGUUGAUUGUGCAGUAUGAGCAAAUCUUGCCAACAGUUUGCCUUUAUUAGCCCUAUAUUUAAAAUGAAGGCAUGGAAAAUGUAUGGAAUACUAAACAAAAUGUACAUAACUAUUGAGAAUUCUGAUCUUCCUCUUUCGUCAAAUGUCACAUUUCUACUUAAAGGAGGCAAUGUGUAUAUUAUCAUGUAAAAGAAGCCGACAUCCGUCCACUUUUCACAUAAUCAAAAUAAAAUACAUGUUCCAGCAAUAAGUGGUGCUCUACCAUAUGACUUCUGGGUCAACAGUAGAUCAAGUUGUUGUGUCAUGUGUGCACAUUAAGCAUGUCUUACUCAUGCUCAUCUAUGUAAUUAUAUUUGUAUCCACAUAAAGACUGUUUUAUAGUUUUUGUAAAAAGCAUAUUAGAUAAUAUAAAGCUGUGCCACUUCAUAAGAGAUAAUAAUAAUAAACUGCUGAUGUAAAAUGGCACUGUUCAUAUGUAAUUGUGAAGUAUUUCUGAUGUAAACUUAAGACACACUGCUCACACAUGGUAUUAUGUGUAUAUUUAUUAUUUAAUACAGGGUUGUUUUCUCAUGGAACCCAAAGAUAUUUUAUCUGUAAUGCAAGUUGUUGCUCUUGUACACUGGUAUAUGGUGUUGUUAUUUGAGCAUUUUAUUAUACAUUAUGCAAAAUUACUAAAACUAGCUAGAGAGGAUUGUGUUUUCUUGUAACUUGUUUAUAUUAUUUUUUCAUAACACAUAUAUUUGUUUUUCAUAUAUACACUUUAAUGUAAGCCAAAGUUUCCAUCCAAAAUUACAGUGAUACAGAAUUACACAUUAGAAAUUCUUUUUAGACAUAUAGCUCUAAGAAACAUUGUAUUGUUGCCUUUAUUGCAAAACUAUGUAAUAAACUUGAGUUA